CAACAUCUGUUAAGUUUGGCCGCUUUGCAACACUGCCACACAUGUUCAUCGGAAUCAAAAUUUUGUUGCCAUUUGCGGUUAAAUUUUCACUGCCCAACUAACUUUUAAAGUUAGUACAACACGUGAUAAUCGUACGAAUCUAAGGAACACCAUGAGUGCCAGUGAAAAAUUCGUGAGCUGGCUAAACGAGCAGCUGCGCCAGCUGAAUAUGGACGAGGGGGUUUUCGGCUCCUACAUUGUGGGCAUCCUGGAGGGCGAUGAAACGACGGAGGAGAAGACUGAAGCUCUCGAAGGAAUUCUAAGCGAAACAGGGUCUUCCAACAUUGAUGAACUGGUGGCCACCAUUCUGCAAAAGUGGCUGACGAGCCAUCCCAGCGCCGAUGAGCCGCCCAAGAAGGGCUUGGACAUCGAUGUUAAUGCCCAGCUAGCCAAGAUGCUGGAGCAACAGAAGCUGCAACCUGCCGCCUCCAAGGAACGCGAAUACACAGAAGAAGAACGACGCAUCAAACAACAGAUACUGGCCCAGUACUCACAGACGGCAGUUCUGAAUGAAGAUGAAGACGAUUCCCAGGUGGAGAGCGAGGAUGACAGUGGCGCUUUGGCUCCCAAUACCAACAAGUCAGAUGUCCAGGCCCUGGCCAAGGAGAAACGAGAGCAGGCCCGGCUGGACAGUGCGGCCAAGAAGCAAAAGGAUAAAGAGGACCGUGAAAAACAGAAACAGCUCCGCGAGGAAAAGAAGGAAAAGCGAAAGACAGUGAAAGGUGAAAGGCGCCGGUAACCGUCCCCCAGCCAACUAUUGUUCAGUUUCAUAUUAACCCACAGGAUAUAUACAACUUUGUAAUGCAAUUGAAACGCCAAAGUUUUAAAUGGAUAUUUUUAAAAUGUU